UCUCUGCUGCCCCCUGCUGCUCUCUUGAGGACCCUGCAGUGGGAUUCUGACCCCUCUGUGCUGCAACUGCAGGCCGACGCUCAGUCCGGUCGCAAGUUGCCCCGCCUGGGCGCCUCCAAGAUCACCCAGGUGGAUUUCCUCCCCCAGGAGGUGGUGACCUACACCAAGGAGACCCAGACACCUCUGGACCCACACCAGUCUGAAGAGGAUGAGGAGGAUGAAGAUGAGAUCGCCGGGCCCAAACCCGGACAGGACUCAGAGCAACAGGAGGAAGAGGACCAGGCUGACACUACAGAUGGCCACCCUCGGGAGCUGACGGAGGAGGAGAAGGAGCAGGUGCUGCACUCGGAGGAGUUUGUGCUGUUCUUCGAGCGCAGCAUCACCGUGAUGGAGAGAGCCCUCGCCGAGGACACCAACAUCUUCUUCGACUACAGCGGACAAGACCUGGAGGAUAAGGAGGGAGACUUACAGGGAGGCUCCAGUCUGUGUUUCAACCGUGUGUUCUACGAUGAGCACUGGUCCAAGCACCGCGUCGUCACCUGUCUGGACUGGUCGCCCCAGUUCCAGGAGCUGCUGGUGGCCUCGUACAACAACAACGAGGACACGCCCCAUGAGCCCGACGGCGUGGCGCUGGUCUGGAACAUGAAGUUUAAGAAGACCACACCUGAAUACGUCUUCCACUGCCAGUCUCCGGUGGUGUCGGUGGGCUUUGCGCGUUUCCACCCCAACCUGGUGGUGGGGGGCACGUAUUCGGGUCAGAUCGUCCUCUGGGACAACCGAAGCCACCGCAGGACCCCCGUGCAGAGGACACCGCUGUCUGCAGCCGCACACACACAUCCGGUGUAUUGUGUCAACGUGGUGGGUACCCAAAAUGCCAACAACCUCAUCACCGUCUCCACCGAUGGCAAGAUGUGCUCCUGGAGCCUGGACAUGCUCUCGCAGCCACAGGAGAGCAUGGAGCUGGUGUACAACAAGUCCAAGGCGGUGUCUGUGACGGCCAUGGCCUUCCCCACGGGAGACGUCAACAACUACGUGGUGGGGAGCGAGGAGGGGACCGUAUACACAGCCUCCCGACACGGCAGCAAGGCUGGCAUCUGUGAGAUGUUUGAGGCGCACCAGGGGCCCGUGACGGGUAUCGGUUGCCAUGGUGCUACGGGAACAGUGGACUUCUCUCACCUGUUCGUCACCUCCUCUUUUGAUUGGACCGUCAAGCUGUGGAGCACUAAGCACAACAAGCCGCUGUACUCGUUUGAGGACAACGCAGACUACGUGUACGAUGUCAUGUGGUCCCCUACCCACCCAGCGGUCUUCGCCACCGUCGACGGCAUGGGACGCCUCGACCUGUGGAACCUCAACAAGGACACAGAGGUUCCCACGGCCAGCGUGACAGUGGAGGGAUCUCCGGCUCUGAACCGCGUGCGAUGGGCCUCAGGUGGCAAAGAAGUGGCAGUGGGCGACUCUGAGGGCAGAGUCUGCAUCUACGAUGUUGGAGAGUUGGCGUCGCCACACAGCGAGGACUGGGCACGCUUCGCCCAUACACUGGCGGAGAUCCGUGCCAACCAGGCGGACGAGGAGGAGGAGGCCCAGGCCGAGAUGCCCUCAUAAAUGGAGCGCCGAUGGCCGAAAUGCCCCCCCCUCCCCGUAAUACAGACACCAGGAGCACCAAUGGGCAGGCCCGAUGCUGGCACCGAUGGACACACCUACAGUACAUAUCAGCACUUAGAGAGUCAAACUUCACACUUUCCUAGUUGGUCCUACUCUCUAAGUGUUGAAUUAGUA